AUGUAUAACUGGGUUAUCCAAAAUAAGUACCACUACCAUCGCCUGCAAAAAGGCGAGAAGAGCAGUCGACUCACAAAUGACCGUAUAUCAAAGCUUACGACAUUAGGCUUCGAUUUUUCUGAAACCGGUAGAGAGCACAAACGAUGGAGUGAAAGAUUGCAAGAGUUGAAGGACUCCAAGGACACUCAUGGUCAUUUCAACGUCCCCGAUAAUGUCGAAGAGCACAAAACUUUGAAAACCUGGAUACAAAAGAAUCAAGUUGCGUACAACAAAUUCCAACAGGGCGAAAAGAGUUCUAUGACGUAUGGACGAUUGGACCAGCUUAAAGCAAUUGGGUUCCGCUUCAGUGCUAGUGCAAGAAGAAAGAAGCCCUCAAAAAGCUCCAUCAUUGUUAGUUGGAAAUGUCCAAAUGCGGAAUGGUAUCAGAGGCUACAAGAGCUGAAAGAGUUUCACGAAGCUCAGGAUCAUUUUCAUGUCCCCAUGGACGUCGAAAGAUAUAAGCUCUUGUCAAACUGGAUGCUUCAUAAUCAAAGACAUUACCAGAACCUCAAGAAAGGGAUAAAGAGCAGCCGCUUAUCAAGUGAACGAUUGGUUGGACUGAUGGAAAUUGGCUACAAAUUCAAUCCAUCUGAGAAGACAAGAUUCGACGGCAAUGAUAUGAAUAUACAAACAUGCCUAAUUGCACCAUGGGAUCACCGGAUCAAAGAGCUAACGGAUUUCUACAAAGAAAAUGGUCACUUCAAUGUUCCAAAGAAUGAAGAAGCGUACAAGUCCUUGAACUUUUGGAUGAAAUAUAAUCAACAAGCGUACAACAAGAUCCGGAGGGGAAUCAGGAGUAGUCGUCUGGCGGAUGAACGGAUGGCCCAACUCAAAUCCAUCGGCUUCAAAUUCAAUGUUCCUGAACAGGGGGAUUUCAAUGGUAAUAUUAAAUUGGGCUGUCCAAUUGCACUGUGGAACCAACGGGUACAGGAGCUAAAGCAUUUCAAAGAAGCGCAUGGGCACUUCAAGGUUCCAAAGAAUGUAGAAGCGUAUAUAAGUCAUUGA